AAAUCUGCAUGUGUGUGUGUUAUGUUUUUGUUAGGCAAUACUCCAACAGCUAUCUCCAACAGCCUGUAGGAAUUUUGAUUAUGUUGUCAGAAGUUAUCAGAUCAAUUGAAUGAGCUUUUUGUUGUGUUAAAUGACAUUAUGGCCAGGAAUUGUGCUUGGGUCAAUGCAUGAGUUGUUUCAGUACUGUGCUUAUUCACGUCACUCCUCCUUUUUCAGACAGCCUAAAAUCUUCACUCUCUAUUGGUCAAACAAAGUUCUAACUGUAAUAGUAGGUGUGGCUGCGAACUAGCUCUACCAGAAUUCCCAUGGGUCAGGACUGUGUAACUGAGACUAGGAGAAGCUAAGGGAGUUUUAUUCCUGGCAUUUGCUUUAAAGCCAGGCUGAAGUAGAGAAUGCCUCUGAUGAAUCAAGAUUAUUAGGAUAUUUUGUUCUCUCUAUGGACUCAUGAUGCAGCGCCAUUCAACCCUCCAGGGACUAAAACAUAAGCGGACAACAACACUGCCUAUUAUUUCCAAGGUCUUCCUCUCUGAGCUUUAGUCAUGAAGGAUCGAUUAGAAGAGCUGCGUCUGCAGAUCAAAACAAAUCAGCAACUUCAAGACGGUAACUCCUUCACCCAACAUGAAGACGAAGAGCCAAUGUCCUUCCUUGUUCGCUGGCCACAAGCUGUGCUCUUUGAGACUGAGCCUGUGCUGGAGAAUUUCCUGGAUGAGGCUAAGCGUGUUCGUGACAGCCUUGAAGAGCUGGAGGCUGAGGUUAAGAAGUUCAGUCAGCAGCAGAGAAACCUCGUGGCCACCAUGCGGCGCUUCAGUGUCAUGAAAAAAGAGAGCAGCCUGACUCGGGAUAUCAAGCUGCAGGCUGAGAACCUGCAUAAGAAGCUUGAUGCUCUCUCAAUGCAGGCAAAGCGCACUGAGACUGAACUGGGGGCGUCAGCUGCUACAGCCCGGAUCCAACAUGCCCAGCAUGAUGUUCUCCGCCGUCGGUUCCAGGAGAUCAUGCGUCAGUACAAUGACUCGCUCCUGAGCAAGCAAGACAAAUGCAAGCAGUUCAUCAUAAGGCAGCUGGAGAUCUCUGGCCGAGAGGUAUCAGAGGAAGAAGUGGAAAACAUGGUAGAGCAGGGUAAAUGGGAUGUUUUCAAUGAGAACAUCCUGGUGGAUGUCAAGAUCACUCGCACACAGUUAUCUGAGUUGGAGCAACGCCACAAAGAACUGCUCACCCUUGAGAGCAACAUGAAGGACCUGAGAGAACUCUUUCUAGAUGUGUUCAUGCUUGUGGAAGAGCAAGGAGCGCAAAUUGACAAUAUCCAGGCCAAUGUAGAGAAGACUCAGGACUAUGUGAUGGUUUGUAAUGAGAAAUUCAAGAUGGCUUCCAGAUAUAGGAAGAAUAACCCUUUAAGAAGACUGUGUUGUUGCUGCUGCCCAUGGGCAUGAAGCAGGACAUAUAGUAUGAAGGGCUUAGUUUGUGAAAACAUAAAGAGAACCUGUGGAAUUUAUACAAGCCUGGAUAGUUUCCCUACUGUAGCUCAACCCUAGCUCGAUUUAAGACAUUUCUGUGUGGAACUGAUAUGUAGCUACUAAUGAUACAAAUGCUCAUGCUUUAUUUUAGUUAUGUAGAAAAUAUUUUAUUUAUUUAUGACAGAGAUGUAUUUUAUUUCUAUAUUACACUACAUAUUUUAUCUUUUUUUUUUUUUUUUUUUACUAUGGCCAACCCCAUUUCAUUUUGAGUUUUAAUUUAAAUACAUAUGGUGUGUGUGUGUGUUUUCCAUUCAACACUGCUGUUUCAGUGAAAAAAUUUACAUUGCUUGCUUUCUUUCUGUCAUGCCCUCAUUGUGAGUGUGGUUUCUGAAUUCAUUCAAAAAGAUGAUGUCUUAUAAUGACUAAUCACUGUUGUAUGACAGAAAACGUUAAAACAAUAGAAAUAAAAUGUUUCUAGGGCUGUGUAAUACUCCAAGUUAGGAUGCUAUACGGUUUUCCUAAAUGCCA